GCAAUACUUGAGUAUUAAAACUGCCGAUUUCAAAUACUUGGGGAAUUAAAUGUGCAUUUUCCCGUAACGUGUCAAUUAAUAAUACAAAUGCCGUCUCCACGUAAGACAACACACAGAUGGAGAAAGACCAAACAAAAAAACAAAAUCGAAAAAGAGAGAAAGAGAGGCGAUUGGGUAAAGCAGCGAUGCAUAUCGUCUUUUCAAUCGAUGAUUUGACCGACUCCUUUUGGUCACCCACCUCUCCGGUGCCGUCACCGGAGCCGCCGGCACAGAACAUGGCGGACGGGAUGACUCGAAGCCAAUCGGAAUGGGCCUUCCAGAGACUUCUCAGGGAAAUGUCCAGUUCCGAUCAAACCACCAACGCAAUCCCUCCACCGGUUCAACCUCACCACUCUCUUUCAACCGUUGAAGAAACCUCCGAUGUUAUCGAGAUUCAGAAACCACCGCAAAAUCAUCAUCGUCGAGAGAACCAGAAUCGUGAGGUGGAUCCUGAUCAGUACUACCAUGAGAUUCUUAAGAGCAAGCUCGAUCUUGCCUGCGCCGCGGCCGUUGCGCGUCGUGUGGGAACUGUUAAUCAGGAAGAUUCGUUGAGUGUCUCAUCUGGCAAUCAAAAUCAGCCUCAAGCUCAAGGCUCCGUUGUGCCACAAACUUCACCCGGUGUUUCAUCUGUCAGAUCUGUUCCCUCAACAAGCAUUCCAAAGAAAACAUAUGUUCCAGCCACCAGUGUUUCAUCACGAGAUGAUUCUGAUGACGACGAUGAUCUUGAUGGAGACGCAGAUAAUGGAGAUCCUACUGAUGUCAAGCGUGCUAGGAGGAUGCUCUCGAAUCGAGAAUCAGCUAGGCGCUCCAGGAGAAGAAAGCAAGAACAAAUGAGUGAAUUUGAUACUCAGGUAGGGCAAUUAAGAGGUGAGCAUUCAACUUUACUCAGUCGUCUUGGUGACAUGAAUCAUAAGUGUGAUGCAGCUGCUGUCGACAACAGAAUUCUAAGAGCUGAUAUCGAAACCUUGAGAACAAAGGUUCAGAUGGCAGAAGAAACGGUGAAAAGAGUAACAGGAGUGAACCCUUUGCAUUGGGCGAGACCAAACAUGAGCUCACCAUUGAACAACACACCCAACUCUAACCACAUUUCGAAAUCGGCAAUCCCGAUUACUUCUAGUGCCGGUUUGGCGCCAAACCAGAGAGUGGAGAGAGCGAAUCUCUUGCCUGAACAGGUGAACCGUGAAGGCAUGCAGAAUCAGUUUGUUACUAACCCGAAUCUGUAUGAAACCCUACCCCAUUGGAACAACAAGCAUUAACCACGACACUGAGUCCUUGGUUUGUGAUUUUUGAAAUAACACUUAUCUUGUUUAAAAGAAAAUAUUACAGUGCGACUCUGCUUGGUUAUUGUAAGGGUCAUGUCAUGUCACCCAUUUAUAUAUGCUUUGGAAGAAUGUUAAAUUUUAACUACCUGCUUUGUGGUUGUCCAAAACUAAACGUUUUAACGACGUUGAGAAUGUCGACACAGUAACUGAGUUGUACACAUGGGAAGCAGUAUUAAUAAAAAG